CAAGCCUUACAAGCCAAGCGUUAUAAAAUCCCCCAUCAAUGAGCUCCUCUCAUUUUUCAAGAGUUUUACUGCUUCUGUACUUGAUGUAAACAGCCACCAAAUGUUUAUAAAUCCUACACCAGCGAAUUCAUUGUUUUCUCAACCAGAAUCCAUAUUCUAUCCACUUACUCUAAUUCUCUUCUUGUGCAACUGUCAGUUGUAGAAUCACAUUCUCUCAUGUACUCAAGAUACUGAAUUCACCAUAAUUUCCUUCUUUUUAUUUAUUUGAAUAAAGAAAAGCAGAAAACUCCAUGCCUCCUCUUCCUUCUCUUGAUUUUAAAGACAUCCAAUAUAAACUUUCCACUCAGUUGAGACCUUGGCAACGUUCUCUUCAGUUCUGGGUUCGCGCAGUUGAUAUCUACGCUGGCUACAAGGUGUUUCAAGUUCGAGUGAGUUUUGUUAAGGAUGUGCAAAAACAGGAGGCAAUGUGGGAAAUGCAGCAUGAGCUUGCUGCUGACAAGAUUUAUGCUAUGUGUUCUGAUCUUGGUGGAUUCUUUCUUAAGGUUGCCCAAGUCAUUGGGAAGCCUGACUUGGCCCCGACUGCAUGGGUGAGAAGGCUCGUUACACUUUGUGAUAGAGCUCCUGCAACUCCAUUUAAUACUGUUCAAUUUGUGCUGGAGAAGGAGUUAGGUCAAAGUAUUGGGGAAAUGUUUGAAAGAUUUGAUGCAGAUCCUCUUGGUUCUGCUUCAAUUGCACAGGUUCAUCGAGCAAGAUUGAAAGGUGAUAAGACUGAUGUUGCUGUCAAGGUGCAACAUCCCGGGGUUCAGGAGCUGAUGAUGACAGACAUUCGGAAUUUACAAGCAUUUGCUUUAUACAUGCAAAACACAGAUAUAAAGUUUGACCUGUACUCUGUGACUAAAGAAAUGGAGAAACAGAUUGGAUAUGAAUUUGACUUCGUGAGGGAGGCUAAUGCUAUGGAAAGAAUCCGUCAUUUUCUGUAUGAGAAUAACAAGAAAAGUCCGGUUUCAGUGCCACGAGUGCUGAAGAAUAUGGUUACCAGGAGAGUUUUGGUGAUGGAAUACGUUGAUGGAAUCCCAAUUCUGAAUCUUGGUGAUGAAAUAGCCAAAAGAGGAAUAAAUCCUGGUGGUAAGAUUGCAACAACAGCAAAGCAGAACAUACUUAAAAGUCUGACACUAGCAUAUGGACAAAUGAUAUUGAAGAGCGGUUUCUUCCAUGCAGAUCCUCACCCAGGAAAUAUCUUAAUCUGCAAAGGUUCAGAGGUUGCGUUGCUAGAUUAUGGACAAGUGAAGGAUCUCCCAGAUUCAUUGAGGCUUGGGUAUGCUAAUUUGGUAGUUGCUAUGGCUGAUAAUGACCCCAUAAAAGCAUCAGAGAGCUACAGAGAGCUCGGCAUAGGUACUCUCAGCAAAUGUGAGAAUGAAUUGCAGGAAUUGCUGAAGCUGGCACAAACUAUGUUUGAUACUAAACUACCCCCUGGAGUAGUGAUCUUGCAGCCUUUCACAGAGGACUCUUCCAUUAAAAAGAUUGCUGUUGAGGCUUUCCCGGAGGAACUAUUUUCUGUUCUUCGUACAGUGCAUCUUUUGAGAGGUCUUAGUGUUGGCCUUGGAAUCAAUUACUCAUGUGCAGAACAGUGGAGACCCAUUGCAGAAGAAGCAUUAUAUGAAGCCGGCAGAUUAAAAGAGACAGAACUGAAGACAAGAGUCCGCAAACGCCGUUUGCUUAGAAGAUUACUGCGCAAAGGGAGUGAUUAGAGUAGUGAGAAGAAAGUAGGAUUUGGAGAAACAAUUAGCAGUAAAAUAGUUUCAAUUCGUUCACUAAUUUUUUCCGAUUGUUUUUCUUAAUAAACUUUGGCAAUGCCUUUACCACCCCUGUAUUCCAAUUUUGAAUGUUUCCUUCAUGAGUGAGAGCGUAAUUGUUCUAAAUAUUUAUUUAUGUAAACAUUAUAUUUUUUUAUGCCUCAAAAUUAAUCCUUAAAUUUCACA